UACAAUGGUUGGAUUCGAAUUUGGUCGCUUCGCUACUUUCAUUUCAUAAAGUUUGUUGCCUUUCAUAAUUAAUUCAGGAUUUAAAUUUUGGUUGUAUAAUUUUUCAAAGACGAGAACCAUAUCGAAACGUCCACCAAAGUGGGAGUAGACGUAGGUGUCGUAGUUGUUUGGAAGGUCGUAUAAUAUCCAUAGGGCAAAAGCUUCUAGUGGAUUUUGUGAAAUAAUUUUGUGAUCUGUAUUUGUAUCGUUGUAAGGCUGUUGUGAAAAUGUAAUAGUGCGGUGGGGGCCGCAGACUUUGCAAAUUUUAUUUUUUAAACUUCUUUUCCAUUCCCCUGUUGUAAUACAUUUCGGGCAUACUAUCUUUGCUGCAAUAAAGUUGGUCUCAUGAAUUCUCUGUUGUUUAGCUGGAUUUGUAAUUUUGUGCUGCAUUGUCUCUAAGUCAAAUGCCACUAAUCGAUAUGGAUCUCGCUGCUUGGGUUUUAGUGGUCUUAUGUAGCAUCCUCUUUUUGGAUCAUGGUAAUCCCCGCAUUUCCCGCAAUAUUUUUCAAAACAGGCAUGCCCUUUGCGACCGUUUCUGUUGUUAUCAUGAACGUUGUAAAUUUCACCACAUUUUUCACAUUGUUUAGAAUUUUUGCAGAAGCCACUGUUUAAGUGAUGUAAGUAGCAAUCAAUAUUUUCAAAAGUUUUGCAGCAAUCAAGACACUUCCUGUUAUUUUAAAAUUUAUUAAUAAAAAUUAGUUAAUUAAAAUACUUAUUAAAGUUUUCUUUUUUGCAUGGGAACUUUGGUCCAAUUUGAGAACAUUUUAAGCAGCGGGAACAACAUUUAGUACUGUGAUUUUGAGGAUGACUGUAAACCACUUCGCAUGAAAGGCAAUAAGGCUGACCAAAUAUAUUCCCAACUUUUCGAACACCAUCAAAAUGCUUGUUGUCGUAAUAAAGAAUUAUCGGCGUAUCAUAAAUUUCAGGGCCAUAUUUAUACUUUGGCUUGUAAUUCCCAGAUGAUCCAAAAAUAAAGACAUUAAAUGUAAAUUUUCCAUUAUAUUUGUUGUUCCAAUAAUCAACAACUGGACCAACCCAGUCCUCUGCCGCAUAUUCUUUUAAACCAAAUGUAGCUCCAACUUCUUUAAUUAACUCGUAGGUUUCCUUCUUAAAUUUAUUUCUAGAUCCAUAACGGCCAUGUAAGUAAUUGUAAAAUUGGGAGCGGGAAAGUUCUCCUAUGUUGCUAACAAG